CAAUUUAUUGCCUUCUGGAGGAAUCUUAAACGAUGAAUGGAACCUAAAGCAUCAUUCAUGGUUACGUAAAUGACGGACAUAUACAUUAUGCUGAACAAACAUAGAAAUGAAAGCACCUGAUCAACGCACGGACAAAGAAUAUAUCGUUCUUGUUGACUAGAAAGUCGAUCUACACGAAAUGGAGGGAGAAUCUCAAAUUUGCAAGUUCUACGAUGGCCAGAAUGUCUUCAUUACUGGUGGAACUGGUUUCAUGGGAAAAGUUCUGGUUGAGAAGCUGCUGCGGAGCACAGAUGUCGCUACUGUGUUCAUACUGAUCAGAGAGAAGAAAGGGAAGAAUGUGCACACCAGGCUCGAUGAUAUUUUCGACAGUGUUUUUUUUGACAGGCUGAAGACAGAGCGUCCAAAGUUCAGGCACCGUGUGGUGGCCAUUCCAGGCGACUGCACCAUCACGGGACUCGGUCUGACGAUCACCGAUCGACAAAAACUCUUAUCAGAUGUCAAUAUUGUCUUUCAUGCAGCCGCAUCGGUACGUUUUGACGAGAAUCUCAAAUACGCGUACAAUAUAAAUGUCAGUGGAACGGCGGAUGUCGUAGAACUGUGCAGACAAAUGAAGAAUCUGAAGUCAGUAGUGCACGUGUCGACGGCCUAUUCAAACUGUCAUCUGGAUUCUAUUGAUGAGAAGUUUUAUGAGUACUCCGUAGAAUAUACUAAUGUGGGGGCAUUGUUAGAAAAAAUGUCGAAAAUUGAGGCGGAAAAAAUGACACCAAGGAUAAUAGGAAACUGGCCCAACACAUACACAUUCACCAAAGCUUUGGCGGAAUCUCUUAUCAAGAACACCGCCGAGGGUUUACCCAUAGGAAUUUUCAGACCCUCUAUAGUUAUUUCCACAUACAAGGAACCCGUCGAAAGUUGGACAGAUACACUCUAUGGUCCCUCAGCAGCAGUCGCAGGAGCAGGUGCUGGUUUGGUUCGAGUAUUCCCCUGCAAUGAAGACGUAGUUGCAGACCUAGUACCUGUUGAUACUUGUGUUGCUGGCAUGAUUGCAGUGGCAUGGGACAUUGCCAAUAAAACAAAUGACAAGAAUGCUGAUACCCCAAUAUAUAAUUACGUAUCGUCGGUUGAAAAUGCACUAACUUGGGGAGAAUAUAACACCUUGAAUAAACUCCAUGGUUGCAAUUAUCCUCUGCAGAAAGCUGCGUGGACUAUAGUCAUUGACAGUAUAAGCAACAUACGACUGUAUCUGUUUUUGAGAAUACUGCUACACGUAAUACCGGCGUUCUUAACAGAUACUGCUUGUGUAAUCAUCGGACAAAAACCGCGUCUAGUAUCUAUGUACACGAAAAUCCACAAGUUUUCAGAUGUUUUGGCUUUCUUCUGUUUGCGGGAAUGGAAAUUCACAAACGAUAACAUAACAACGCUGUGGGAAAAAAUGGGAAGGAUCGAUCAGAAACUUUUUCCGUUGAGUAUAAAGACAGUGCCAUGGACAAACUACUAUAAGACGUAUUUCAAGGGGAUGAGGGUGUAUUUGCUGAAAGAUCCCUUAAGUACGCUAAAGGAAGCACGAGCCCGGAAGAGAAAUUUUGACAUAUUGCGAGGAUUUCUCAUAUGUCUAGGAAUUUUCCUUCUUGUGACGGUCAUUUGGAUAGUGAUUUUGAACGUUAUUGCUUUUGUUAGUCCGAGUUUAAUGGGUACACAGAAAAACUUUUCUGGUAAUAACACCGAAGAUGUUUUAACCAAGUUUUUAUAUACUUAGUGAGUGAAUAAAAUGUUAUAGUUUU